CGUUAGAUAAAACGAAAAACAAAAUAAGAAUUUUAAUGGAUUCCAGUUCCUACACCGGUAAUCAGGUUUCAAGGUCAGUAUCCGCUUCCAUACUAUGCAUUUGUUUUUUUGGCGUUUUACCUUUCAAAAUUGAAACAAGUUAACAAUUAUUAAUAUAUUUUAUGCUAACCACUAUGAUGAAGAUAACACGUUUGUGGCUGUGUGUUCCAAACUAUUCUCAUCCGUGUGUUCAUACUGUUUGUUACAUUCAAAUCAAAAUAAUACUACUCUCCAAUAAAUGAAUACUUAGUACCAAUGGCCUUGUCCUCUACAUCAUUAUUAUGCAUUCCAACUAACCCAAUCUCUCAAACACCCAAAUUCAGAUUCUCAACUAACCUUGUGUUUACUGUCAAUUUGCCAAGGAAAUUAUCCGUUAGAAGCUCUGGCGAAAACUCUGCAGGAGCUACAGAGGUAGAGUCAGAGAGUUCCAUUGAACUUCCAAAAGAAUCAUCAUCUUUAAUUUCUACUCUCAAUGUAGAAAGAGCUCUCCGUGGUAUACCAAUAACAGACGCAGACCAUUAUGGUAGACUCGGCCUACCAAGAGGAUGUCCCUAUGACAUGGUGCCAGUUGCCUAUAACAACAAGGUUCAAGAAUUGGAGAGUCAGGAUUUAGAAAAAGACAUACUCAACAAGAAAUUGGAACUUCUCAGAGAAUCCUACACCAUCAUGUCAUCGCCGGAUGAAAGAAGAAUGUAUGACUGGAGUUUGGCCAGAGAAGGUAACACAGAAAAAUUCAUUUGGCCAUAUGAAGUUGAUGUUUCAGAGCUUCAAAAAGGAGAUCCUCCGCCACAGGAACCUGAGGAUGUUGGACCAACCAGACUGAUCGGAUACUUCCUAGUGGGAUGGAUAGUGCUAUCAGUUGUGUUGUCAAUUGGAUUAAACUUAUAGAAACAAGUUUAUGUAUACUAUGCACCAACCCAUGAAACUUUUAUUCCUAGUUUGGAUUCUCAAACUCUUUCAAAACAACCUAUUACUCGUAAACGCUUCAUUCCAA